UUAAUGUUGUUAGCUGCCUCGCCUUCUUCCAUUUUGUUUUCAUGGAACUACUGUCUAUUUAGGAUCCUAAAUCAGUUGUUUUAUUUUGGUGUUUUAAACAUUCAAAUUCUGAUUGCUGAGUGAAUGGAAGGCGGUUUCGAUCACGUAACAAAGCCACUGCUGAAAAGUGAAGGUGAAAACCUCAGCCCGAAUGGCCGAUAUUUGCGAAUUGGCAACACCGUUACCGCUCUCAAAUGUGACUUCUUCUCCAAAUUGUCCGACAAACUUCGCUCUGGGCUCGAUCCCGAGAGUCCUUUUCGUUUGGACCUUUCUAAAAACGCUGACUUAAUCAAAGGGGAGAAGGAAUACUACGAAAAACAGUUUGCCACCCUAAGGUCUUUUGAGGAAGUAGACUCCCUAGAUUCGCCUGAUGUUACUCAUGAUGAAGCGCAAGUUUAUGAAGAACAAGCCCAGCACGAGAGAGCGAUGAACAUUUCUAACUGCGCAAAUAUUUUUUUGCUAGCUUUCAAGAUGGUGAUGGACUUGAGUCAAAAGUAUGGACUUGUGCAUGAUCGAAUACGAAUUGUUCGUUUCAUCAGAUGCCAUUUGAAACCCUAUCUCUUUCUCUCUCUCAAUUGUGAUCCCUUUUCAUUUGUCCUUUUUCUUUCUGAAAAAAUGGGGCCAUGUUUUGUAUGGAAUGACUAUAUUUUCAUGAACUGCAGAUAUAUGUUACAGUGACGAGUGGAUCCUUAGCCAUUGCAGCAUCGACACUAGAUUCAUUGCUAGAUCUAAUGGCUGGUGGCAUACUUUGGUUCACACAUUUUUCAAUGAAAACUAUAAAUAUCUACAAGUAUCCUGAUGGAAAGUUGAGAAUGCAACCAGUAGGCAUUAUCAUCUUCGCUGCUGUCAUGGCUACA